AUGUCACGUGGGCGGAUGCGAUGUUCAGUACUUCCUGAUGAAAGUGGCAGUAAAAUUACGGACAAAAAAACUCGACAAGGCCGUUUAAUUACACAAGAACAAAUCGUUGGUCGAAAAUUCAUUCGAAAAUCUAAAGCGAUAACAACGAUAAUACCAGCAAAGUUAAAUGUGCAAGAAGAGUGGAUGCAGGCUGCAGUUCAGCUGGGGGUACGGGGAAUACGGAAGGAAUUUGUGAACAAAAUUAAAAACUACAUUCCUGAAAAUGUUACAACGGAAGCAUGGCAUCUGGAACAAAACUUUGACAAAAAUAGAUUCGAAGAUAUUAAACUGGGAGAUAAAACAAGAGUUAAGUUAAAAAAUGCGCCUAAUAAUGACGAUUAUAUUCAUGCAUCGUAUGUUACUAUAUCAAGCGACUUGACAUAUAUAUGUGCUCAAGGACCGUUGCUGAAUACUAUCCAGGAUUUCUGGAUAAUGGCUAUACAGGAAGAAACAAAUGUGAUUUUACAACUAUGUCAGCAAAAAGAAAAUGACCGUGAACAGUGUUCGGACUACUUACCGAAUGAGACAGCUGGAUGGAAAGAAUACGGAGCUGUUCGAGUUCGUAUCACGGAACCAACUUCUGGUAUUGUUACGCUUAAAAAAGUAACUCGGACAAAAAUAGAAGCUUCAUAUUCUGAUAAAAUACAAAAGGUAGUGCACAUUGCUUAUGCAGGAUGGCCAGAUCACUUUGUUCCUGAUUCGGCCUCCACUUGUCGCGAAAUCUAUAGUAUGUUGCAUAAAUACUACGGGAGAAAACCAAUAAUCGUCCAUUGCAGUGCUGGCAUUGGAAGGACCGGAACUUUUGUUGCUGUUGAAUUGGCGAUGGCAAAACUACGCAACAAUGAAACUUGUAUUGUUGUAGAUGUAACCAAAAAGCUGCGGGAACAACGCUUGCAUGCAGUACAAAAUGAUCUGCAAUACCUCUUCAUUUACCGUAUGAUGGUUGAAUUACUAAUUGAAGAAGGAUUGUUAUCUAGAGAUCAAUAUGCAAUAGAUUUCCUCAAGGAUUACGACAGUCUUAUUACACGUAAAAAAAAAGAACGAAUAUUAAAGGACGAUUAA